AUGCCACCAAAAAAGAGAAAGUUGGCAACUUCAGAUCUAAAGUCUGAAGCAGCAGAUGGGUUGACUACUCCCACAUCAUCUACCAUUUCAACUCCAACUUCAGCUUCUACUUCAAAUGGUGGUGCUUUAUCGGCAUCAGCUAUCAGUUUACCACCAUCAAAUAAUAAUCUGAAUCCAUCUUCCAUUGUCGGAAUAUCAAGAUCCAUAUCGGCGUGUCAAAGAUGUCGAGCUAAAAAGAUUAAAUGUGAUCAAAGAUUCCCAAAAUGUUCCAAAUGUGAAAAACAUGGAGUUGAAUGUAUUGGAUUAGAUCCAUUAACGGGUAGAGAAGUUCCGAGAUCAUAUAUUGUUCAUCUUGAAGAACGAAUUAAAUUCUUAGAACUGAAAUUAAAGGCAAAUGGGAUAGUGGUAGAAGACUCCUUAGAGACUUUAGAACCAUCUCAUACGAAUGACGACCUUAACAAACAACAACUACAUCAACAACAUGAUGAUAUAGAUAAUGAUCGAAAGAAAACAACCAUUAAAGGUUCUAUCAAACUAGAACCAUUGGAUGGUCCAUCUACCAUCUCCUUUUCAAGAUUAAUGUCAACUGCAUUCAGAGUUCAAAAGAAGUCAUUAACCAAUAUUCAAAAUCCAAUUGCAUCAAGAAAAAAUGGUACUAAUAAUUCAGUAUCAUCUAUGAAUAAUAAUAUCAAUUCAAAUCUAUUACCAGCCAUUCUACCACCUAAAAUCACCGCUUUACAAUUCAUUCUGAUCUUUUUCGCCCAAUCUAAUAGUCAAUUACCAAUUUUACAUCGAGAAGAAUUCAUUAAAAAGUAUUUCAUCCCAAUUUAUGGCAAAUUUGAUGAUCCUCAAAUAUCAUUAGCUAAUGAUUAUUCCAAGAUAAAUUUUAAUUAUUUUGAAAAUGAUAAUAAUCAUACAACAUCGAAUUCACUGCUGGAUCGAUGUUGGUUUGAAAAAUAUAAAGAUGAAUUCCAAUCAUUAUUAGGAAGUAAUCAUAAUAAUCAAAAUAUUUCUAAUGAUGAAAUAAAAUCAAUCUCAAAUAGUAUUAUACCGCCUAAGAAGUAUAGAAAAGGGUUAUACUUCUUGAAUUUGAUUUUUGCCAUAGCAUCAUCCGUAAAUCACUUACAAUAUCCUAUAACCAUAUCUGAUUCAUUCCGAUUAGCUGCCAAUAAACACUUUGAUGAGGUUUAUAGUUCUCCAGAUCAGUUGGAAUCAUUACUGGGAAUCCUUUUAUAUUCAUUGUAUUCAACUAUGAGACCUACAAAUCCAGGGGUAUGGUAUAUUUUAGGGUCAGCUUUAAGAAUGUGUGUCGAUUUGGAUUUACAUAAUGAACUAAAUACUAACACCGCUAAUCAUGUGGAUUCAUUCACAAAGGACAAAAGAAGAAGAUUAUUCUGGUGUACUUAUUGUGUUGAUAGACAGAUUUGUUUUUACUUGGAUAGACCGGUCGGUAUACCGGAUGAAAGUAUUAAUACUCCUUUUUUAUCAGAAUUAGAUGAUUCAUUCAUAGUACCAAACAAUCCAGCUAUAACAGAUUAUUCCACCAUUACAAAUGAUGUACCUACUUAUAAAGUGAUUUUCUUAUCAAUUAUUAAAAUAAGACAAAUUCAAUCCGAAGUUCAACGAGUAUUAUAUACGAAUUAUCCAUUAUCGGGAAAAUACAAAACGAUUGCCGAUUGGAAAUCAUUAAUGUUGGUUAAACUAGCAUCUUGGAAAUCAGUAUGUCCAUCAUCUCCCAAACAAAUGAACUGUAAUUUUAAUCUAGAAUUCUUUAGAUUAAACUAUCAUCAUACGUUAUUAAUGCUUCAUGGAUUAUCACCCAAGAAUUAUAAAUUAGCUUCUAAAGAUUAUAUUCAAGUGUUUAAAUCAGCUCAAGAAGUUAUGGAUUGUUAUUCAAAAUUAUGUCAAACUAAAUCUAUAAACUAUACGUGGGCAGCGGUUCAUAAUUUAUUCAUGGCGGGUACUUCCUAUCUAUACUCCAUUUACAAUAGUGAAGAUGUAAGACAAUUGACAAGUUUAAUGGAGAUGAAAAGAGUUACAUCGGAGUGUUUGAAUGUUUUAAAUUCAUUGGUCGAUAGAUGUGAUGCCGCUACGAAUUGCAUUGAAAUAUUCCAAAAUCUUACC